UGAAUUUAAAUCUCAACAGAGAAUUGAUGAUGGACGCCAAACCUUGUCGCUGCAUGAAUAUCUCUACCUACGGGGGUUAUUCAUCUAAUUAAGAUCUGCUCCUCCAAUGUAGUGAAGCUCCUCCCCUUUCUGUGAAGCUCCUCCCCAUCAGUCCUGCUAUAAACACUGCAAUAUUCCCAUCAGUCUACAAGACGAGCAGCAGACCAUCAGGUAGGCGUGAAAUCUGCAAAGAUGAAGGACGUUGAGAACAUGAGUGAUCCAAAACCCUGCACAACUGAAGAUAAAGAGACUGAAAAAGAAACAGAAUUUAUUGAAGACGGUAAGAGUGAGGAUGACAAACCUGUAAACGCUGACAAAAUGCCCCAUUUACUGACCGAAGGUACUUUUUUAAUUAAAAGAAAAGACAAGAAUUGUUUCACCUGCAGUCAGUGUGGAAAGAGUUUGGGACAAUCAUCUUCCCUUACUCUACACAUGACUAUUCACACUGGAGAGAGACCGUACACAUGUACUCAGUGUGGGAAGAGUUUUAGACAAUCAUCUUCCCUUACUCUACACAUGACUAUUCACACUGGAGAGAGACCGUACACAUGUACUCAGUGUGGGAAGAGUUUCAAAAAAUCAUCACACCUUAAAAAUCACAAGUUGAUCCACACUGGAGAGAGAUCACACAAAUGUGAUCAAUGCGGUAAAACAUUCUUGAGCGCUUCAAAUCUGAAGGCUCAUCUUGGAGUUCAUACGAAGGAGAAGCCUUAUUCCUGUUCUGUGUGUGGAAAGAGUUUUUCAACACUGCCAUGUUUAAGAGGACAUCAGAAGAUUCACACUGGUGUGAAAGAGUAUAUGUGCUUUGAGUGUAAGAAGACUUUUAUUAGAUCUGAACAUUUGAAAAGGCACCAGAUGAUUCACACUGGAGAGAAACCCUUCAAGUGUUCACACUGCGACAAGAGAUUCAGUGAGUUUGGAACUCUGAAAAGACAUGAGAGGAUUCACACUGGAGAGAAACCUUUCAAGUGUUCACACUGCGACAAAAAAUUCUGUUUUAAAGAAUAUCUGAAAACACAUGAGAGGAUUCACACUGGAGAGAAACCGUACAAGUGUUCACACUGCGACAAGAGAUUCAGUCAGUUAUCAACUCUGAAAAAACAUGAGAGGAUUCACACCGGAGAGAAACCUUACAAGUGUUCACACUGCGACAAGAGAUUCAGUCAUUUAUCAGUCCUGAAAAUACAUGAGAGGAUUCACACCGGAGAGAAACCUUACAAGUGUUCACACUGCGACAAGAGAUUCAGACAGUUAUCAAUUCUGAAAAGACAUGAGACUAUUCACACUGAAGAGAAACCGUACACAUGUACUCAGUGUGGGAAGGGUUUCGGACAAUCGUUAUCCCUUAAUCAACACAUGAUUAUUCACACUGGAGAGAAACCGUACACAUGUACUCAGUGUGGGAAAAGUUUUGGACAAUCAUCACACCUUAAUGAACACAUGUUGAUCCACAGUGGAGAGAAAACACACAAAUGUGAUCAAUGCGGUAAAACAUUCUUGAGCGCUUCAAAUCUGAAGACUCAUCUUAUAGUUCAUACUAAGGAGAAGCCUUAUUCCUGUUCUGUGUGUGGAAAGAGUUUUUCAGCACGGUCAAAUUUAAUAAAACAUCAGAAGAUUCACACUGGUGUGAAAGAGUAUAUGUGCUUUGAGUGUGAGAAGACUUUUAUUAGUGCUCAUCAUUUGAAAAGGCACCAGAUGAUUCACACUGGAGAGAAACCUUACAAGUGUUUACACUGCGACAAGAGAUUCAGUGAAUCAGGAUAUCUGAAAAUACAUGAGAGGAUUCACACUGGAGAGAAACCGUACACAUGUGCUCAGUGUGGGAAGAGUUUUAGAGUAUCAUCAUCCCUUACUCAACACAUGACUAUUCACACUGGAGAGAAACCUUAUUCAUGUUCUGUGUGUGGAAAGAGUUUUUCAACACCGUCAAAUUUAAGCAAACAUCAGAAGAUUCACACUGGUGUGAAAGAGUAUAUGUGCUUUGAGUGUGAGAAGACAUUUGUUAGUGCUGAACGUUUGAAAAGACACCAGAGGAUUCACACUGGAGAGAAACGUUACAAGUGUUCACACUGCGACAAGAGAUUCAGACAAGCUGAUCAUUUGAAAAGGCACCAGACUGUACACACUGGAGAGAAACCUUACCAGUGUUCACACUGCGACAAGAGAUUCUGUCAGUUAUCAAUUCUGAAAAGACAUGAGAGCAUUCACACUGGAGAGAAACCUUACAAGUGUUCACACUGCGACAAGAGAUUCUGUUAUGUAAGAUGCCUGGAAACACAUGAGAGGAUUCACACUGGAGAGAAACCUUACAAGUGUUCACACUGCGACAAGAGAUUCAGUCAGUUAUCAAUUCUGAAAAGACAUGAGAGGAUUCACACCGGAGAGAAACCUUACAAGUGUUCACACUGCGACAAGAGAUUCAGUCAUUUAUCAGUCCUGAAAAUACAUGAGAGGAUUCACACUGGAGAGAAACCGUUCAAUUGUUCACACUGUGACAAGAGAUUCAGUCAGUUAUCAACUCUGAAAGUACAUGAGAGGAUUCACACUGGAGAGAAGCCCUACAAGUGUUCACACUGCGACAAGAGAUUCAAUCGGCUAGGAAACUUGAAUUUACAUAAGAGGAUUCACACUGGAGAGAAACCAUACACAUGUACUCAGUGUGGGAAGAAUUUCAGAGGAUUAUCAAGUCUUAAUCAACACAUGAAGCUCCACAGUGGAGAGAAAACACACAAAUGUGAUCAAUGCGGUAAACCAUUUUUGACAGCUGCAGAUCUGAAGGUCCAUCAGAGGAUUCACACUGGAGAGAAACCGUACACAUGUACUCAGUGUGGAAAGAGCUUCACACAAUCAUCAUCCCUUACUCAACACAUGAUUAUUCACACUGGAGAGAAACCGUACACAUGUACUCAGUGUGGGAGGAGUUUCGGAUACUCAUCAAGCCUUCAUCAGCACAUGUUGAUCCACACUGGAAAGAAAACACACAAAUGUGAUCAAUGCGGUAAAUCAUUUUUGAAAGCUGCAAAUCUGAAGGCUCAUCUUGGAGUUCAUACGAAGGAGAAGCCUUAUUCCUGUUCUGUGUGUGGAAAGAGUUUUUCAAGGCAGUCAUAUUUAAGAGUACAUCAGAAGAUUCACACUGGUGUGAAAGAGUAUAUGUGCUUUGAGUGUGAGAAGACUUUUAUUAGUGCUCAACAUUUGAAACUGCACCAGAGGAUUCACACUGGAGAGAAACCUUACAAGUGUUCACACUGCGACAAGAGAUUCAGUCAUUUAUCAAUCCUGAAAAUACAUGGGAGGAUUCACACUGGAGAGAAACCGUACACAUGUACUCAGUGUGGAAAGAGCUUCACACAAUCAUCAUCCCUUACUCAAUACAUGGAUAUUCACACUGGAGAGAAACCGUACACAUGUGCUAAGUGUGGGAGGAGUUUUGGAUACCCAUCAAGCCUUCAUCAACACAUGUUGAUCCACACUGGAAAGAAAGCACACAAAUGUGAUCAAUGCGGUAAAUCAUUUUUGAAACCUGUAUAUCUGAAGCUCCAUCUUAGAGUUCAUACGAAGGAGAAGCCUUAUUCAUGUUCUGUGUGUGGAAAGAGUUUUUCAAGGCAGUCAUAUUUAAGAGUACAUCAGAAGAUUCACACUGGUGUGAAAGAGUAUAUGUGCUUUGAGUGUGAGAAGACUUUUUUCACAGUUGAACAUUUGAAACAGCACCAGAGGAUUCACACUAGAGAGAAACCUUACAAGUGUUCACACUGCGACAAGAGAUUCAGUCAGUUACAAAAACUGAAAACGCAUGGGAGGAUUCACACUGGAGAGAAACUCUACAAGUGUUCACACUGCGACAAGAGAUUCAGUCAUUUAUCAAUCCUGAAAAUACAUGGGAGGAUUCACACUGGAGAGAAACCGUACACAUGUACUCAGUGUGGAAAGAGCUUCACACAAUCAUCAUCCCUUACUCAACACAUGAAUAUUCACACUGGAGAGAAACCGUACACAUGUGCUAAGUGUGGGAGGAGUUUUGGAUACCCAUCAAGCCUUCAUCAACACAUGUUGAUCCACACUGGAAAGAAAACACACAAAUGUGAUCAAUGCGGUAAAUCAUUUUUGAAACCUGUAUAUCUGAAGAUCCAUCUUAGAGUUCAUACGAAGGAGAAGCCUUAUUCAUGUUCUGUGUGUGGAAAGAGUUUUUCAAGGCAGUCAUAUUUAAGAGUACAUCAGAAGAUUCACACUGGUGUGAAAGAGUAUAUGUGCUUUGAGUGUGAGAAGACUUUUAUUAGUGCUCAACAUUUGAAACUGCACCAGAGGAUUCACACUGGAGAGAAACCUUACAAGUGUUCACACUGCGACAAGAGAUUCAGUCAGUUAGGAAAUCUUAAAAAACAUGAGCAGAUUCACACUGGAGAGAAACCGUACACAUGUUCUCAGUGUGGGAAGAAUUUCAGAGGGUCAUCAAGCCUUAAUAAACACAUGUUGAUCCACACUGGAGAAAAAUCACACAAAUGUGAUCAAUGCAGCAAAACAUUUUUAAGAGCCACAAAUCUGAAGAUCCAUCUUAGAGCUCAUACAAAGGAGAAGCCUUAUUCAUGUCCUGUGUGUGGAAAAAGUUUUUCAACACGGUUAAGUUUAAGAAAACAUCAGAAGAUUCACACUGGAGAGAAACUUUUCAAGUGUUCAAUCAGCUACAUAUCCGGAAAAAAACAUGAGAGGAUUCACACGAGAGAAACCGUGAUCAGCAUCUAAAGAGUUUCACUCAUUUGUUGCAGUUGAUAGGACUCAUGAAACUGGACAAAAGCAGAAUGUUUGGUGUUAAUGUAGCGAGGGGCAGGGGGUCUAUCCGUUUAUAUUGAGUGUUUGAUUCAUUUAUCAAUAGUUUCUUUUAUUUGAUGUUGAACUUGUUCCAUGACUACUGAAUUUACCUAAUUGGUUGAAAAACCAAAUGUAUAUGUUUUGCAUUUUAGCAGAGCAACUUUUUUUAUAUCACAUGUUUUCAUGUAUUAAUGGAGUGGUAGAGUACGGUACGGGUCGGUAUGGGUCACCUUUAUCAGGCUUGCAUUUCCACUGCAUAAAAGUAGCAAUGGUAUCCUUUCGGUGGGUGUAGUGUAGGACAAAGUUUCAGUCAAUGUCAUUCUCGUUUAAGGAAAUGUCAAAGUAUAGCUGUACGGGUCGUUCACAUAUCAAGUGAGAAGCACUUCUUACAAAACAGAUGCUUCAUACGCAUAGAUACUCGUGUAUAAAUGUUCACUACUAUGAACAGGAUUUGAUUAUAACUGCAGAUCAAUGAUGCGAAAUAGCCUACUCUGACGUCUGCGAUUAUAUAAAAUAAAUAAAUAAAUGUAAUGUGUAUAUAAACACAUACAGACCCUCAAGCUGCGUUCACACCAGACGCGGAACGCUCGUCAAGCGCGAGUGAUUUACAUGUUAAGUCAAUGCAAACACGCGAAUAAUAAAUUUCAUGCGCAAAUGAAUCUGAUUUGACGCGCAAAUGAAGCGAGUUACCUCAAAUGUUCACGCGGCUAUUUACGCUCGAAUAACGCGAUUUAUCCGCGCGUUCUGCGUCUGGUGUGAACACAGCAUUACAGUCUUCGAUAUGUAACCAUUUACAGAAGAACUACACACAGCAUACAUUAAGUCCUUAUUUGGGUUCAAAAACAGCAUGCAACAUAUAGCCCACAGUCAGAUGCAAAUGUAACCUCUGUUAGAAAGUUUUUUC